AUGGAGAGUGAAGAAGAAACUGAAGAAUACAACACUUCAGAAGUAGAUUGGGGAGAAGAAGCUGGUCAAGAUUGUUGGAGUGAUGGAGAUGAUCAUACUGAUAGUUCUUGGUGCGUGAACUCUGUUCCAGAGUAUGCUCUAAAUGUUGAACAAGAGUACCAGGAGGAGGAACAAGAGCCACUGGACCAAUACUCAAGUUGCUAUGGUCCCAAAUCCCAAGUCACCUAUGUGGGUAGUUCUGAGGAGAAAUUCUAUGUUCAAGCUUGUCCAAGGAGAAUGAAAACCACCAUGUCUACACCAGCAAGACCUUACCAGGGAAACCGAUCAAGCCAUAUCCAAAGCAAUCAAUGGAACCACAAUGGUAAUCAUCUUAGGCAGAAUCGCUUGGAUACAUUAACUAUGCAAUUUUCAGGUCAUAAGGGAGGACCAAGUGCAUACCUAAGGUGGGAGGACGACAUGGAGCAAUGGUUUAUAGCUUGGAGAAUUCCAGAGAAGUUACAACCAUCUUAUGCAAGUGAUACCUUAGUUGGAGAAGCAUACAAAUGGUGGAGCCAGCUUGAUGCUGAUCGGCUCUAUUACAAUGAUCCACCUUUUACUUGGGCAGAGUUGAAGAGGCUCAUGUAUAGGCAGUUUGUGGAAAGAGCACAGCACAAUCAGAAGGUGUCUACAAACAGAGUGGUACAACCCCAAGUCUUGCAGCCGGCAAUCAAGAGGCAAAGCUCAAAACCAGUGCAUACACCUCAAGUCAAACAAAACCAAGGUGAAUACUUUAAAUCUUUAGAACCACCUGAGGUUAUUUGUUAUAGGUGCCAAGGCCAUGGUCAUCUUGCAAAAUAUUGUCCCACAAAACGAGCUGUGAAGUUAGCAAAAGAAACUAACUUGGAGGUAAGUGAUUCCUUUACUAGCAUGGAUGAUUCUUUUGAUAGGAUAGAUAAAAAGUUUGAAGAACUUCUCAACUUGAUGAAAGCUAGAUAUAAUUCUGUUUCUAGUAAUUCCAUGACUGUCUUAACACACUUGUCUAGUGCCCAAGAGGUUGAAAAUAUUUCAGGUACUAACAUGGAAAUCAAGGAACAAGAACCCAACCUUGCUGUGCAAGCAAGUCCAAGACUUGAAAUUUUUCAAGUCCCAACUAAUGAUGAGGUGAUUUCUGAACUUACUGUGAAUAAUCCUACUUAUCAAAACACUGGUAUGAUGCACUUGCACUCUGUCCAGAAUGUUGAUGCAGGUCUCAGUGAAGGCCAAGAGAAUGUGUCUGAGAGACUAGAACAAGAAGAAAUCAUCCUUAAACCCGAUCCACUUCAGGUCCUGAUAAAUGUGAGGAAAAACCAGGCAGUUUAG